AUGGCGCGUGCUCCCUGGGAAUCAGUCCCUAGCCACGAACAAUUCUUCGUCCUCAUCACCGGCGCAAACAGUGGUGUAGGACUCGGCAUAGGCCAACGCCUCAUCGACGAAUUCCUCCACCAAAGACCCCUAACCCACCACCUCAUCCUCCUCCCCACGACGCGCUCGCCCUCCAAAUCCCGUGAAACCAUCCUAGCCCUGCGCCGCCACCUCGAAAAGACGGCCCGCACCUCAGGAAACCUGCGCUCGCGAUCGGGCGGCGAGGAGAAUUACAUCUGGCCCCAGACCUUUCGCCGCGUGCACAUCCUGAGCCCGCAGCUCGAUCUCGUCGACAUCAAGAGCGUGUACGGGUUCGCUGAGCGGCUCGUUAGGGGUACGGUGAGCAAUCCGCCCGAUGAGGAUGGCAUGGCGGAUAAUUUGACGGAUGUAAGGGUGCCGAGGUUGGAUGCUGUGAUUUUCAAUGCUGGGUUUGGCGGGUGGGAUGGCUUGGAUUGGUUUGGCAUGGCGAGGAUGUGUCUUUUCGAGGGGGUUGUGCAGGCUGUUACGUGGCCGGAUUUCAAGGUGUCGAGUGCCGGGGCUGUCGUGAAGCAGAAGGGCGUUGUGAAGAAGAGUGCUGGGAAGGAAAGCGGCAGCGCGGCGGGGGAGAAGGACGGAGAUAAGGACGUGUUGGGAGCCGUGUUUUGCUCAAACGUGUUUGGCCAUUACGUACUUGGUCACGCGCUGCUGCCGCUUCUUGCGAGGAGGGACGGCGAUAUCAUGAGUCCUGGGAAGAUCAUCUGGACGAGCAGCAUCGAACCGUCGAGGAAGGACUUGCACCUCGACGACCUCCAAUGCAUCAAGAGACCCAGCGCCUACGAGAGUUCCAAGCGCCUCACCGACGUCCUCGCCCUCACGUGUACGCUUCCCUCCGUUUUCCCCGUGUCGAAAAACUACUUCCGCCUGCCCUCCCGUCGCCGUCAUCGAGAUAACGACGACCAGGCCAAACAAGAAGAAGAGGGCGACGUCGUCGAAGAGUGCUACAGACCCCGCGUCUACCUCACCCACCCAGGCGUCCUCGCCACCACCCUCUUUCCCCUCCCCUCAUGGCUCUUCCUCCUCUACCGCUUCGCCCUCCUCUUCGUCCGCUGGCUAGGAUCCCCUUGGCACACCGUCGACGGCUACGCCGCCGCCGUCGCCCCCGUCACCCUCACCCUCGAGACGCAGGACGUCCUCGACGAGGAGCACGCCGAGCGCGUCAAGUGGGGGUCGGCCUGUAACCGAUUCGGCCGCACCGCCGCCAAGAAGACCGAGGUCGACGGGUGGGGGUGGGAGGGGAAGAUCGAGGGCGAUGUGAGGAGGGCCAAGACCGUCAAGGGGGAGGAAGGGUUUUUGAGGAAGUCCGUGGGCAGGUGGGCGUAUGCUAAGGAUUUGACUGAGGAGGAUAGGGCGCAGUUUGAGGGUGUUGGGAGGGAGUGUUGGGCGGCUAUGGAGAGGUUAAGGUUGGAGUGGGAGGAGAGGCUGGGUGUUAAGGCUGUUGGGUUGGUUGAGGAUGAUGAGGAGUAG